AAAAAGGCCCCCGAUCGGCCCGUCUCAGUCGUUGCUGACAAUUUUUUGAGAUCAGCCACUCCUAAUUAACAUUCAAUACAUGCAUAAUAGGCAGUGUGAAACAAGAGCCUACUGCUAGUUCAAGUUACCGGUUCAAAUCACCUUUAUAUGACCUCAACUUGAAACUUUUUCAAGGAAUUAAUCUGAAUCGUUUCAUUCUACUUUUACUGUAAUGAAAUUAUGUAAUACAUAUUGAACAAUGUCCUUCAGUUUUGAUCUCUGAUUUUUUUUUUGUUAUUUGCAGAUUCCUUUUCAGAAUUAUUCUUUUCUUUAAAACUGUAGAUUAGGUAUACCAUAAUCCAUAGUAUACCAGUUGAAGUUAUCUUAUUAUUGAUUUUGAUGUUGAGGAGAAAUCAUGUCUAAUCAAAACACUAAAAGGAGAAGGUACCGAGCACAGUCAUCAAAUGAUGAAAGACAGCCACUACUGCGAGAUGAGCUGCAUGAUGGUGAGCAGGGUGGCGCGCCCGCCGCAGCGGCGCCCACCGGUCUGCGCGGCCUGCUGCGCUCCUCCGGCUACAGCCUGUACGUGCUGCUGCUGUUGCUUCUCACCUACCUGCUCAACCAGCUGGAUCGCUACAUGCUGGCCAUUGUUGCGCGGCCAUCGGCGCAGGAGAUCGAGUUUGGCGACAAGGGCUGCCUGCUCAAUGAGACGGUCAAGUCGACUCUGGAGGACGGCAACUGCACGGCCAUCACCACGGAGACGACCUGCACGAGCUUCGUUGACGCCGACGGCCACCACGGCUGCAAGUGGGACUACACGGGCACCGGAACCGAGUACAACCUGCUGGCCGGGCCCGUGUUCAUCCUGAUCUACACGUUCGCCGGCAUCCCCAUGGGCCUGGCCGCCGAUCUCUACAACAGAAAGCUGCUGCUGGCCGGAGCGCUCAUCCUCUGGUCCACCUGUACGUUCCUGACUGGCUUCGCCGAGGAGUACUGGGAACUGGCUGUGCUUCGAUUCGGCAUCGGAUUCGGAGAGGCCGGCUGCACGCCGUUCGCCACCUCGCUGCUGGCCGACUACUUUAUCCCCGAGCUGCGAGGCACUGCGCUGGGCGUCUACAACUGGGGCAUCUACUUCGGCUACUCCAUGGCCUAUGCCAUCGGCAACUUCAUCACGGAUGCCAACAUCAUGGACAUGGGCUGGCGGUGGUCCUACUUCAUCUCCGGCGGGCCCGGUAUCCUGCUCGGCAUCCUGAUGAUCUUCACAAUGAAGGAGCCGCAGCGGGCCGGUGUGACUGACGAGAGCCGCGCCGCGGCGCGCCAGAAGACCUUCGUUCAGCGUCUGCCAGAGAUGAUGCGGCUCUUCUUCCGACCGUCGCUGUUCCUGCUCUGCUUUGCUGGCGCCAUCAGGAACGCCGCCGGGUACGUGUGGUCGUACAGCACGCAGACGUUCUUCGAGGGCAUUGGGCAGACGUCCACCCAGAUCGGCGCCUACAUGUCCUGGAUCCCGCUGGUCGCCGGCUCCAUCGGUGUGGUGUUUGGCGGUUUCAUCUCUGACCGGGUGGUGAGCCGGGUCGGCCCCCACGGCCGCGUCUGGGUUAUCAUCAUCAGCCAACUGCUGGCGGCACCGUUCGUCUUCUGCGUGCUGUUCGUCGAGCCGCCCUGGGCCUACAUCAGCCUCAUCCCCGUCUACAUUAUCGGUGAGAUGUGGAUUCCGAUCACGCUGGCCGUUCUCGUGGAGCUGGUGCCGGCCGAGAUCCGCACGGCCGCCGUCGCCUUCUAUUUCUUCGUCAUCUCGAACGUCGGCGGCAACAUGCCGCUGCUGGUCGACCCCGUCAAGCAGGCCUUCAAGAACGCCGGCAACUCUGAGAUCGACGCGCUCCGAGACACGCUGUACCUGUUCUACCCUGGCGAGUACAUCCUGGGCGCGCUGCUCUAUCUGCUGGCACUGAUCUCGCUGCGCCGUGACCUGCGGAUCGCUCAGGAGGAGUCCGCUCGCGCCGGAUCCAUCCAGAAGGAUGGCGAGUCCAACGAGGGAUACGAACCGACCGCAGAGGAGACGUGAGCGACUGAAGGGACCGCAGAGAGCGCUCACUGAUAUGGGGGCGAGGGGGACGGCGGGAGAUGUGAUGUACGUCAAUGUAUCAGCUUACAUGUGAAUUAGGCGAUUGUUAGGGAUGCGGCGCCCCGUUCUGUACCUGUGGUGAAGAUAGAAGGCUCGUUGGUCAGAUUGAACCAAAGGUCUCAAACGCUAGGCAUGAAGCCUAGCCCGUGGAAUGCAACUGAACUAAAACAGUACACCGACAGACCAUGUCCGGCUUAUCGGUUCUUUGUUUUACUUUGUAACCUGCUCCCGUUCGAUGUUUGCUUGAAAGCUCUUGUUACUCCCGUUUACGUUAGCAAGUCGGUUAGCUAUAUGUUGGCUGUACUGACCUCGUAUUGACUGGUUGGCAGUCCCAUACUCAUGGCUUCAGUUUUACAUUGGACUUUUCUGUGACGCGCGUUUUGCGCCAGCAGUGUUCAUGUGUGUUCGUUGCUUUACGCGGCAAUGUCGAACGCAGUGCAAUGGGUAUUGCGAUGUACGCUGUGUUCGGCUGGUGAGCUGUGCUGUAUGCUUUACAUGCGAGAGUGUGCAAUGCUUGCAACUGUGUUCACUGUGCAUCACAAACACCUGCUCAUGCAUGGCCAGCCGCUCUGGAUGUGCAAUGCUAGCCGCAUUCGAAUCAGGUGGGCGGUGAUAACCCGACACACAUAUAUUUACAGUAUUGUUAUAUCAUUGUUGCGCGUUACCAUAUUAUAUAUCCUCUAUAUUGUGAUUAUAGAAUACAUGUAUGGAAUUUA